AUGGCUCCUCGGCGUCGCGACGCUGCUGCUGAUGGGGAUGAACCCGCAGGUGCCUGCGCCGCGCCCAUCCCCCCCACCGCUCUACUCCCUCUGCUGGACCCUGCCUUCCCCGCGCACCUCUGCGGCUCCUGGCACUCCGAUUACGCCGCUCUGCACUCCCGCAUCCGCACUGCCAGCGUUGCUCAAUAUGCCGCCACCAGCACCGCCGCUUCGCACACUGCUGACGGUGCAGAUGCAGGAGUGACAGGAGAAGCAGGAGGAAGAGAAGAUACACCAGUAGCAGCAGCAGCACCGCUGUCAGCCCCACUACCCUCCACCAACUCCUCCUCUACUUCCCCCACCGGCCCCCCUCCCCUCCGUUUCCUCACCUACGAUUGGCUCGACCAAUGCGGGGGCCUCGGUGACUCACUCGUGGGCCUUGCCACGUCAUUCGCCGUCGCGCUAUUGGACGAUCGCGCCUUCCUUAUCCGCCACGCGUGCCUGCCGUGGGCCUUCCAACCAGCGCUCGUCGAUUGGACUCUCUCCCCUGAUGUCCCCCUCUCCCCCGCCCGCACCAUCCUGCGCGAUAAGCUAUCGGAGAAGAAGCAGUGGGAGGAGUGGCAGGGGGAGGUUCAACCGGGGGAGGUGCUACUGCUAGAUCUGCUGAAUCGAAACGCCAACCCUGAUUGGUUCUUUCUGGGCGGCAAGGGGGAAGGGAAAGCCGGUGGCAAAACGGGCGGCAAAGUGGGCGGCUUGUCUCGGAACGCGGUGAACGUGCGGGUGAGGUGGAAUCGGGGCAUGCUGACGAGGAUGCUGGCAGGGCCGUGGACGGCUGGCAGGGCUCGGCGGUUAUACGGCAUGGGCAUGCGGUUACCCUAUGCGUUCGGCUGCAUUCUCAGGUUCCUGUUCAAGCCAAACCAGGAGGUAUGGGCGCGAGUGCAGGCGGUGCAGCAGCAGCUGGUGGCAGGCUUGGAAACAGGUUCGGAUGCCGGACCUCUGGUGACCAUUGGAUUGCACAUCCGGGUUCCAGAUGCUGACGUGGCUUGGCAGGAGGAGCAUGUGAGGCAGAAGACACAAGGGGAGGGUGGCGACUCAGCAGGGACUGCAACAGCAGAGGAGGUGGCGACAGGGAAUGUGACUAUGACGAAUGUGACUAUGGCGAAUGCGGCAAUGGGAGCAGAGGAGCAGGCGGCAUGGAUGAAAGCCGUGUGGAAGUGGCUGGCUUGUGCCGAGGCAGUGGAGAGCUUCUGGCUGUCGCCCUCCCUCUCCGUGCGAUGGCUGCUUGUCACCAACUCUGCCCGGCUUAAACUGGCGCUCAAGGGGAAAUACCCCCACAAGGUGGUAACAUCCAGCAUCAUACCACGCCACUCCAACCUGCUCCAUACAAACCAACUCGAUACCUCAGGCUUCUCCGCCUCUGCUGCUUUCUACUCGCUCCACCCCACCAAUGCCUUUCUGCCGGACAAGUGUGUCCCGGAGACCCCCCUGCAUGCUGAUGCUCUCGGGAGGCUGCGCAGUGGUGUGUGA